UCGUGGCUUCUAUAUAUACGGGCGUGACAAAACUACCAAACUCUACCAUAACGGCAUAAACGACCUUCCCAAAGAAGAAACCUCUCCACCAAAAAAAAAAAAAAGAAAAUUCUAAAGCAUUAGUUUGUCCUCCUCUUGCUUUUGUCUAAUUUUCUGUUUCACUUUCAAUCUAUAGUUGUACUGAUUCUCUUUAGAUUCAGCUUCAAUUUUUUCUCUUAUUUUUUUGGUAGAUUUUACAUCUUUGAGUCCGUAGCUUGGAGUAUAUGAAGUUUCCCCUGUUUCCUUUCUUCUCUGCCUUUUAUCCUUUUCUGCGUUUGAUCAAAACAAAUCUUCAGCAUUAAACUUAGAAAUUGUCAAAGCAAGAAAUUGAAUUCUAUAAAGAAUCGAAUCAAAUAGUAUCCGUAUCCUGGAAGAAAAAGUCCUGCAGAGUUUUUGAACCAUGAAUCCAUAUUUUUCGGUAAAGGAAGAGUACCCGAGUUCAAGUUAUUCACAGCCCGAAGAUGACCCGCCAAUGAUGCUGCCGCCGCAGCCGAUGGAGGGUCUCAACGAUCCAGGGCCACCUCCAUUCCUUACUAAAACCUUUGACAUGGUGGAUGAUCCUGAUACUAAUUAUAUAGUUUGUUGGAGCAGAGGAGGCAGCAGCUUUGUUGUAUGGGAUCCUCACUCUUUCUCCACUAAUCUUCUCCCUAGAUAUUUCAAGCACAAUAAUUUCUCUAGUUUUGUUAGGCAGCUCAAUACUUAUGGUUUUAGAAAGAUUGAUCCAGACAAAUGGGAGUUUACCAAUGAAGGGUUUCUCAGGGGCCAGAAGCAUCUCCUGAAGAGUAUUAGGAGAAGAAAGACCACAUCUCAGCCCCCACCAUCUCAACAAGCUCUCGGUCCUUGUGUAGAAGUUGGCAGGUUUGGACUAGAUGGAGAAGUUGAUCGUUUGAGGCGUGACAAGCAGGUUCUAAUGAUGGAAUUAGUGAAGCUACGACAGCAGCAACAGAACACUCGAGCCUAUCUUCAGGCCGUGGAAGAAAGGUUACAAGGCACAGAAAAGAAGCAGAAGCAAAUGAUGUCUUUCUUGGCUAGAGCAAUGCAGAAUCCAGCUUUUCUCCAGCAACUAAUGCAACAAAAAGAGAAACGGAAAGAGCUUGAAGAAGCCAUGUCUAAGAAAAGGAGGCGGCCGAUUGAUCAAGGACCUAGUGGUGUUGCCGUAGGUGAAUCAAUCCGAGGUAGCGAGGGAACAAACCAUGUUAAAACUGAACCUUUAGAAUUUGGUGAUUAUGGAUUUCAAGUAACGGAGUUGGAAGCACUUGCACUGGAAAUGCAAGGCUACGGAAGGGCGAGAACGGAGCAAGAGGAAGCGCAAGAUGAGCUUGAACAUCGGCAGUGUCAUGACAAAGAACUCGAUGAAGGAUUUUGGGAAGAAUUGUUGAAUGAGAGAUUUGAAGGAGAGUUAGAUAUACCAGGAACUGAAGGAGGUGAAGAUGAAGAUGUGAAUGUAUUGGCUGACAGGUUGGGUUAUUUGGGUUCAUGUCCAAAGUAGAGAAAAGUGAGUACAUCUAGAUUCUAGAGGAUAGCUACUUGUGAGACCAGUUCAGCGUUGCCUCGGUGACAAUAUCCCUUUGGUGGGAGGCUUUUGCACAGCACGUUUUGUAGCACUCCUUUAUCUCUAAUUGAUCUGCAAAUGGGUCUUCCAGAAACAGUUUAGGCCAUAAUUAUCUUCACGUUGGUUUCUUGUUAUUGGCAGGAUAGGGGGAAAUUACAUACCAAGAACUGUAUCCGUGGAAAAUCUCUCUUGUUACCGGUGUUGCUAACCCUGUUUUCUUAAUCUGCCAUUCCAAUAUUUUUCCCUUUUGUAUAUCCAUGCCGCUUAUCUUUCUCUAUCUUUGGUUAGGUUGCAGCUGUAGACAGUAGAUCAGAAUCUGUGGUAGUCACCAACAUGACUUGUUUCAAGAUUGUUCCGAAGCUGUUGAAAAUCGACAAGAUGUAGCUGCAAGUUGCAAGAAACACAACUAAGAUGUUGUUGCUAUGGGAUCCAAUGAUCACUUAAUUGGUAGUUUUAUCUUUUUCUGUCGGUUCAGUUUUCCUGUAUUUAAGUUGUCUCUUUCUCUCUUUGUCUUGAGGCAGUAGCAAGAGCCGUGGUCGGUGACAAAGAGCAUACAUUUGUACCAUGUAGAUAUUUUCAUGGCCAUGGCAAUUGGAUUCUCAUUGGUCGCUGUCAAUCUUUCAUCAAUUCUAGAGCGAGCUCUCAACUGAUGAUGACUUCGAGAAUUCCAAGCGGGUAUUUUUCUUUGUACAAUGCAGCUUCGAAAUUCUGCUUGUAUAAACCGUGACAAGCACUAGAGAUUUUUUAUCUUCUUGGUUGCUGUCUAUAUCUUCUAAAGUUGAGAUUUGUAGAGUGGAAGGACUUGGUUUCAUCCUAGGCUAUAUGAUCGUCAUCACAUAUUCAAACUGACA